CACUUUUAGGGUCUUCUUUUCAUCUGGGCUCAACAAACACAUCGAAAUAUGUUAAAUUAUUUCCUGGGGAAAGGGUGCGUAACAGAGCAGUGAGAUGUUUGCUGGUUUGAUGCGUUGACGUGAAUUUCAGAUGCAUCGCCCUAAUGGAAUUAAUCUGGCUGGAGAGAAAUUGCAUUUCAGCGCUAAACCAAGGCAGGGAUGAUGAGAAUGCACGAAGACGGAUCGCCAAGGGGGCCGACUGCCAUUCAAUGACUAUCCUGCCCUCUCAACCGCAGUGCACAUUUGCCGUCCGUUUUACAUGAGAAAACAUGUUUAUUUUUUAUCAUAAUACCAAUACGUAUAGCCAAAAUCAGCAUCUCGAAUCGAGGUGAUGAAGGCUCGCACAUUUUAAUCGCUUUUCUUCAAGGAAUGAAAACGCUCCAAGAUGGUCCGCAUCUCAAACGCCCUGGGUUUGGUCAUAUUGAUGGUCGCUCUUCUCAUUUUAUCCUUAAUAAGUUAUGUGUCCAUUAGAAAGGACAGCAUCUUAUCUUCCACAAAAUAUGACAACAUGGGAGGACCACCACGGAUAAUGUUCCACGCAGGAUUUCGGUCCCAGUUUGCCCUGAAUUUCCUGGACCCAUCCUUCAUCCCAUUAACCCAUGCUCUGAAUGAGGAGCUGCAAGGGAAACCAUCCAAAUGGACAUUUAAUAGGACCGCCUUUUAUCAGCAAAGGAAAGAGAUCUUCCAUUACAUUGAUGUGGCCAACAACUUCUCCCUCACCAAGAACGGUGUGCGCGUCGGCCAGCUGAUGCACUUCGACUUCUCCAGUCACAAGUAUGUCUUCUCCAUAAACAACAACCUGAAGUCACUGCUUCCUGAUGCUUCGCCAAUCCAGAACAAACACUACAACGUGUGUGCCGUGGUGGGUAACAGUGGGAUCUUGACAGGCAGUCACUGUGGGCCAGAGAUCGACAGCGCCGACUUUAUCUUCCGCUGCAACUUCGCCCCUACCGACUCCUACUACAAGGAUGUGGGCCGGAAGACCAACCUCACCACUUUUAACCCCAGCAUCCUGGAGAGAUACUACAACAAUCUGCUGACCAUCCAGGACCGCAACAACUUCUUUCUCAACCUGAAGAAGCUGGAGGGGGCCAUUUUGUGGAUCCCUGCGUUUUUCCUCCACACCUCGGCCACUGUCACACGGACCCUGGUGGACUUCUUUGUUGAGCACAAGGGACAGCUGAAGAUCAAGCUGGCCUGGCCAGGAAACAUCAUGCAGGAUGUCAACAGAUAUUGGAAGACCAAGAACCUGUCUCUCAAGCGACUGAGCACUGGUAUCCUCAUGUACACUCUGGCCUCGGCCAUGUGUGAGGAGAUCCAUCUGUAUGGCUUCUGGCCCUUCGGCUGGGAUCCCAACACAGGCAAGGAGCUGCCCUACCACUACUACGACAAGAAAGGAACCAAGUUCACCACCAAGUGGCAGGAGACCCACCAGCUGCCCAGUGAGUUUAAGCUGCUCUACAAGAUGCAUGGAGAAGGUGUGACCAAGCUGAGCCUUUCACACUGUUCUUAGACACUCCAUCCUGGGUGACUGGGCUUAAGAGAUUCAUUUGGUGACUCUCCAAUACAGCAGCUGAUCUUGCGCUCACGUAAUAUAUUUUGCGACUCAAAGCAGACAAUGCAUGAUUUAGAAUUAAUACUUUUAUAUUACGCUUUCACUCUAGAAACACACUAUCAUAUCACCAUUGCAUCUUGCCUCAGCUUUGUCCAAUGUAUGUAAUUCACACUAACACGUUGGGUUGCGAGGAACAUGGCAGAAUAUUCCAGAUGUGGAUUACUGGGUGAUGAUGACGUAACAAUGUAUGUUAUGCUGAAUAUGUCACACUAUCAUCAUACAAUAUUUCACAUCACUUUAUUUGCAUUGCUAUCAUAUUUGUGUAGAUAAAUUGAUCAAUAAAACACACAUAACCUAUUUCAACAAGAAAACACAACGGAAUACAUUUAGUGCAAAAUCAUCACUAUUUCCAAACAGUGUUUUUUAUAGUGUAGGGGUUUCGGGUGGGGGGCAUACUGUAAUUGUUAUUUGGCUGUAGCCUUACUUCAAAGGGAUUUGAUUGUUCUUCUGCUUAGUCUCAGGGAUGGAGUUGAGAUCAGUGUUUUUUUUCCUAAUCAGAUUCAAAUGCCUCCACUGAGGUGCAAACAGACACACUGUCUAUUUUCCAACCCUUUUGAGCAUACAGUGAACCGCCACAGGUGCCAGUAGAUAGACAAUGGGCCCAGCCAGCACACUGCACUGUUUUCAGAUUUGUUUACAAGGCCUCUUUAUGUAUGUAAAUUGCUGCCCUAUAUAGAUAAAGAUACUGCAGUGAUAGCCCUAGUCCCACUAUUUUAUUGGGAUUCUGGUGAUAGCUCUGGUAAUAUUUCAGUUUGAGGAUGAAUAAUCUGCAUUCCAACACCAAGCCAUAGACUGAAUUUAAUUACAGUAAACUUUAAAGUACAUGUAUAUUGUUGUUAUCAUCAUCAUUAAGAUUAAGAAUUAAAGAUGCACUAUGCAGAAA